UGCCUGUGUUGUAUUGACCUUGCUUUUUGUAUACGAUUUCUCUACCACAGGAGAAACAUAGCCAUGUUUCGCUCUCACACUUUGUUACGUAGUUUAAUUCGACAAAAACCUAGAACAACUUCGCAAGGCCUAGCCAGUUCUAGUUCAUGUGUUUGUAGCUCUAGUAAUAGUUUUCAACACUGCAAUUUAAUAAAGAGGUCAAAAACUUCAUUAUUUUCUUUACAAGAUGGAGUUACCAAUAGUCAUGGAGAAUAUAAAUCCUCUAGGAGGUAUUAUAGUUCAGGUAACUACCCAAAACAUGUUAAAAUUGUUCUACCUGCACUUUCACCAACAAUGGAAUCCGGUACAAUUGUGUCAUGGCAAAAAAAGGAAGGAGACAAAGUGUCUGAGGGUGACUUGCUAGCAGACAUUGAGACGGAUAAAGCAACCAUGGGAUUUGAAUCAGGUGAUGAGGGAUAUCUGGCCAAAAUAUUUGUACCAGAAGGAAGCAAAGAUGUACCACUGGGCAAGCUGUUGUGCAUUAUCGUAAGCUCAGAAUCUGAUGUCGCUGCAUUUAAAGACUAUGUUCCCAGCCCUUCGGAUGAUCAGCCACCUCCUGCUGGAAAAACAGCUGCCCCUCAGCCAGCACCUCCUGUGGCCAAGGCAACACCACCACCUCCAGCUCCCCAAACACCAUCUCCUGCAAGGUCUACCCCCUCUGCCCCUGCUGCGUCAGCAACAGUUGCUGCCCCUGGAUCAAGGGUGUUUGCCACACCCUUAGCAAGAACUUUGGCUGAAGAAAAGGGGAUAGAUCUUAAAAAUAUUGUUGGUAGUGGUCCUGAUGGACAGAUUCGUGCAAAUGAUGUUUUGUCAGCCAAACCAGGUGUAGCAGAACCCAGUUUGUCUGUAGCUAUGCCUUCAAGCUCAACAAGUUUCACUGAUAUUCCUUUAAGUAACAUGAGACAGGUUAUAGCUAAACGUUUAACAUUAUCAAAACAGACAAUACCACAUUACUACCUAAAUACUGAAAUUAAUGUGGACAAAAUUCUUAGCAUUAGGAAAGAUUUGAAUGCCACAUUGGAAAAGAGAAAGAUGAACAAAAUUUCUGUAAACGAUUUUAUUAUUAAAGCAGCUGCAUUAGCGUGUCAAAAAGUUCCUGAGGCUAAUUCAGCCUGGAUGGGUGAUUUCAUAAGAAGAUAUAACACAAUGGACAUCAAUGUUGCUGUUGCUACAGACAAAGGUCUUAUUACACCAAUUGUUUUUAAUGCAGAGAAAAAGGGACUUUCACAAAUAGCUCAAGAUGUAGCAGCCUUGGCUGCCAAAGCUAGAGAGGGAAAACUUCAACCUCAAGAAUAUCAGGGUGGCACAUUUACCAUUUCAAAUCUUGGCAUGUUUGGUAUCAAGAACUUUGCUGCUGUGAUUAACCCUCCACAGGCAUGUAUUUUAGCAGUAGGGGGAGCUGAACAGAGAGUUGUUGUAGCUGAUGGUGCUGUGGCAGAUGGAUCUCAACCUAAGUUUUCUACUGCUCAUAUUAUGACUGUGACACUCAGUUGUGAUCACAGAGUUGUAGAUGGUGCUGUUGGAGCACAAUGGCUUGCUGAGUUCAAACAAUUGAUGGAGAAACCUGAAUCAAUGCUACUUUAAGGACAUGUUUUAAUUUAAAACAACUAACUAUGAGUUACGUUCUCCACAGCUAACCAUAGUCGUAAAUAUUAGAUGACUAGUUUUCUUACUGUUACUGUCUUUGCAAUUGUUAUCUAAGAAAAAAUAACAUAAGAAACUGGACUUAUUUGUUGAAUUUGCUAGAUUAUUUUUUUCAUUUAUUGUAAUCAAUUCUAUUUUAUUAAAUAUUUGUACUGAUUGUUAAAAGUAUUUGAACUUAGUUUUGCUCAAAAUUAAUUUAACAGAUCCUAGUACAGUUGAAUUUUUAAAAGUUUUUAAACUGUCAUCUCAUUUUAGUAUCAGUAAGUAAAGUUUGCAUCUCAGGUUACAAUCCUGAAGAAAGAAAUAAAAGAUUUCAUUAUACUUGUUGUGAAUAAGGAUUCUGUUGAUUCAUUAUUCUGUUAAAAAAUAGAAUACCAACGUGCAACCAGAAAGCAUGAUCUAUGUCACUUGAGCAUGUAUAUAUUCUAGAUCUUCAGGAAUGACCUAUGCUAAUUUGAAUACUUGUAGUAGAUCAAGUUGCUUGAUAUAUUUUCUCUAAAAAAAUAUAUAUUUAGUUUGUUGUUAAUUAUGCAAUAAACAAAAAUUCAACUGUCCCCAAUAUACCUAUAAAAUUAUUUAACAGUAGUUAAGAUAAUAGAAGGAAUGUGCCGUAAUACUCACUUGUUUUAUGAAAUUGAAAAAGUAUACAAGUUCAUGCAUAGAUUUAUUUUUUGUGUGUGUAGAAGCUGUCAGGAAACUGUUGUGUGUUACACUGGAUAUUAUUUCUUAAUGUAUCCAGUGGACAAUGUGGUAAAGUAAAGCAGACAUGGAUAUGAAUGAAUGGUAGAUGCUCACCUUUAUGAUUUGGCAGGUUGUUUUUUUUUUUAAACUAAACAUUUUACAUUGUGUAGUCAAAUUUUAUGCAUAAAUUGGACAAUAUUUAAGAAAUAAAACAAUUGAAAAUUUUA